AUCACGCUAUUUUCAAACUUUUCGCCCUAAUGCCAAUGCUGUCCCGAACGGACGAGCACGGUCACGUGUGGAAAUAUUUGCUAAACGUGUGCUACAGCUUGUGUGCGAUCGCGUUCAUCGUGCUGCAACAGUUUACCAUCUGCAACAUUCAGCUGGAGCGAGAUUUUGCCGGCUGGUUUAUCUGCACCACCGUACUGGCGACCAGCUUCGUUAUCCUUGUGCAAGCGUUGGCGAUGGGUAGGGGCGUGCAGCAGCUACUGGUGGAACUGAUGGAAAUCGAUGCCCUGCUGGGCGGCGUCGAGAGGAAGCGACACUUUCGUGCCACAUUCUACUGCCUGUACGGUGUCGGAAUUGGGAGAAUCAUAUUUCGCACCACGCUACUCAUACACCUCGGGCAAAGGCCCGUUGGCAUAGCGUUGCGGCUGGUCGUUCCAUCGCUGAUUGUUCUGGCGCGCCUUAACUUUCAAAUCUAUUUGAUGGACCUUGUUGCGUCACAGCUCGAAACGAUUGCGUCGGAGCUGGCCAUCUCGCUGGAGGACAAAGCUGACCGUUGCGCCAUCGGUGGUGAGAACGCCACGACACAGCAGUGCCGGUGCAUCCUGCAGCGAACGGAGUACCUGUUUGGUCGUCUACAGAAAUGUCUGCAAAUGAUCAACACCCAGUUCGGUUGGUCUACCGCGGCGAUUGUGGUGCUCGUGUUCGUUGGCAUCACCUUCCAGUUUCGCGUUCCCAUGUACCCGAUGCCGUUCUUUGCUCAAGUUGUAGAAGUUUGGUAUUCGAUUAUUGUGCUCUUCUGUCUGUGUCGUUCCUCGAGCCAAUCCGUGGAACAGGUUCACGAAAUUAAGCGAAUUUUACUGAAACCCUUCUACAAUGCAUCACUUUGGGAUCAGAUUAACAAUUUUAUCGUCCGGACCAAGCUGCAACCCUUCGUAUUCACCGCCAACGGGCUCUAUUCGAUUAACUACGGACUGUUUGGUUCGACCCUGGCCGCAUCCGCCACGUACAUCGUCAUCAUGCUUCAGUUCGAGCAGAAAACGCCGGACGCAUAGAGCCAUCGUCAGACACCUUUCAGCACGCGCUUCAGAUU